UGAGAGCUCACAAGACAUCAACGCAAGAAUCAGUCUGUCUGAGAAUCAGUCAGUGUUAUGAAUCUAACGCUCAGUAGCGUGUUAUGAAGUCCAAUGUUCUGGCUGACUUUAAUCCUGGUCCUGCUGCACCUCACCCGGGGAAAAAGUCCAUGUUUCGGCCGGUCUCUGGGGAUCAGCCCAUGCAGGACUCAGUUCUUCAAACGGGAGGGUUUCACGUUAUACUGCGGAGCUGAUGAGCGUAUAAUGACUAACUCUAAAUCAGUUACUUGCUCUCAGAAGAGCCAUGAAUGUAAUAUUACACUGGCAGGAGAACAUAACAGCGGUUCUUACUGGUGUGGCUCUAACUCUGGAGAACGAGGGGAAGUGGUCAACAUCACAGUGACUGCGGGGUCUGUGAUCCUAGAGAGUCCUGUCCACCCUGUACCAGAAGGAAGUCCCGUGACACUUCGCUGCCUGAUGUCCCACAAGUCCAGUAAAAAGCUGGUUGUUGUGACCCGGAUGAACCAGUCCUGUACCUUCUCCAGAGAUGGGCGGUCCAUUGGGGUCGGUUUGACGGGAGAGAUGAGUUUUGCUGCUGUCAACAGAUCUCAUGAAGGCCUCUACACGUGUACCUUCUCUGGUGUUGAGUCUCCAGGGAGCUGGCUGGCUGUCAGAGGUGAUCUCCUUUCCUCAGCGACCUCCUCCACCGAACCCCCCCCCCCCCACCAAUCACCACCUGCUCCUCCCAUUGGUCUACGCUGGACCGCCCCUCCUCCUGAUGGUUCUUCUGGGAAUAGUCGGAGGAUGCUGCUGGAGAAGGAGUCGCAAAGAAGCCGAAGAAGCUGCCUCAGAGGAUGAGGGUCAUGCGGAUGUAGUCCAAAAUAAGACAAAGAAGAAAGAGCGAGAUAGGUCAGACUGCGAGGCUACAUGUAGUUACGGAGAAAGUCUGCAACCCCAGCCCAUCAGAAUACAAGAUCCGCCUCUCUACAGUCUCCUGGGUUCCAACAGAUCGUUGCAGUCUGUUGCGGACAGAAAAUGUGAACAAUUGUAAUAGCUCCCUGAUAAAAAAAUGUAAACGAUGAGAAGAUCUGUCCGUCCACAUGCUCGAACAAAUUCUAAAUAACUAAUCGUCCCUUUUGUUUGAUUCUUACCAUAUACUGCUUUUAGUUUGGAUCUUUAGUGUAAAACAUGGGGUUGAAGAUCCACUUGAGUUCACUGUGGUACCUGUGGUGCGGUUUGCCAUUUGCCUGUGGUAACGACACAUGAGAUAAACAUCUAAGGUUGUCAUAAGAUUUAUCUAGUUUAGAUUGAUGUGUUUUAGUUAGUCUUAUCAGGUGUCUGACUACUUUGAUGAUGGUUGAACUGUAAAAUAAAGAAGACAUUUUGUCAGAUGUGGGUUGUUGUGCUUUCUACGUCAGUGGUUCUCAACCUUUCUGGGGCUGCUGAGGCCAACCAUGACCCCAACAAGACAUUCCAGGCUCACCAACUUUAAGUUGUAGGGAAUGAUUAUUAAGAUGCAAUCAAACACGUUGUUACUAGGAUAUCCUAUCAGCAAUAUUUGCAAUAUUUCACCAAAUGCGGAUUAUCCAGAACAAGUAAAAUUCAUACAGGCUCAUAGAUACUGCAUAUUGCAGGCAAUUGUAUAUUUGUCAAAAAUAUACAAUUGAGUGGACAAUGUGAUGAGGUGGCAUUUCCCUGUCCACCAGCGUACAUUUUCUCACUGGUUUAGAGUCACUGCUCUAUUUGAGAAACACAUUUAGGGCGGUCUGUAUAGCGUCUGUUACAGGCUAGUCGGUGGCCUACUUAGUGUCUAAAACGGAACUACAGAAAACUUGUGGGAUGGUGAGAAAGAGGUCGUCUGUAUGUGGUUACGUACCGGUGCAGGUCCUUCUGCACCGGCGACAACAGCACCCAGGGUGUCUGAACAACUCACCACAAUGUUCCAGUUGAGCUGUGUUGACUGCUUAGUAUCUGCAAUGAAUCCGUAUUCAAACAGACACUGUAUUGGGUAAUGUAAUGUACUUUAAAUAUCGGUAGAUACCAUAUUAGGUAUCUAAUGUACUGUCGGUAUCAGUCCAGAC